GUGUUCCGUCCCCUUCAACAAGUCUUCGUUGUCAAAUCAUCUGUUGCCACAACCCAUCCUCAGCUUCAGAAAACACUACACGGCCACCAUUACAAUCUGCAUAUCGGUUUAACAAUAACUAGGAAAGCAACCUCCCCGACUCAAGAUGCAAUCAAGUAACUUGUUAUCAAUCUUAACGGUACUCCUCAUCCAUGGCGGGGUUAAUUACGUCGAAUCUUUUGGGUGUGAGCAUGCUGAGGAAUUCACGCGUGCUGGUUGCGUAAGAGUGUGGCCACAGAGAAGUCCCUCGGGACCAAAUGAGCCGCCCCGGCCUUAUUGGGUCAACAUGAUGGUUGCUCCUUGGAACAACUACGCGAAAACUUAUGACUGCAGAAAGGCACCCGGUUGGACCAGAACAACAUGCUGCAUCUCGGACGAUGUCAUGGUCGGUAAUACAACGCUCAUGGAGACCUCUGCGAAGAUUUGCGAGCUUGGAUCCACCGAUCCCGGUGCCCAGAUGUUUGGAUUGCAAUGUGUCGGACUGAAUUUGUUGUACGCUUAA